CACUCCAACCGUACACACGCGUAUGUCGCGACGGCGCAGUGUAUCAGCGUCGGGCCUGAUACGGCACCCGGAGCGUGUGUUGUCAGGAGCACCGUAAUCUUGCGCAGUAGUGUUCGUUCGCCGGUUGCCUUUUUGGUGUGGCGAGCCUUCCGUACCUCCUCUGCACAGUGCAUUGUAGCGCGUUCGUUGUGAGAGGCGCGUCCACAGCCACAGCCAGUCAGGGGAUUCGACCUUCAGCACAGAUCACUCAUUGAAGCGAUCGUCGUCAUUCAUUCACGUCGUUUUGCUGUGCGUGUAGUUGUGUUGCGUUGCUGGGUGCGUGGGUGUAUGUGGAAGGAUACGAGACGCGAGACAGGCGAGCACACAUCCUUACGCGUGUUGUUUACAAUCUGAAGAUGCUGGGCCGCUUGCUACUGUCACGAGGAUAUCACAGCACGAAGGGCGUGUUCGGAAACCGGCCUAAGCCUCGCUCACGGUACGAAGGCAUCAGUGCAGCGGUGUUGGAAAAACGUAACGCGAACAGCAAUGUGUACCGAUGGGUUGAAGCUUACCGCACCCAUGGACACCGUAUCGCCACGAUUGAUCCGGUUAAAUUCUAUCCUGCCGAGGAGCAGAGCUUCACCCAGCUUCCGGAACUGCAAUAUGCACGGUACGGGCUUACCGCUGCCGAUCGUAUCGAUCCAACCGGCUUGAUCAAUGUGCCACAGCAGCAGACGCGCACGAUGGCUGAACUGGACCAGCUGCUCGCCCGGAUGUAUUGUGGCACGUGCAGCAUCGAGCUGGGUUUCAUCGAAUCGGAGGAGGAACGGGAGUGGCUUGCCGCGCGGUACGAGCAACUGUUCCAGCAGGCACCGGCACCGAGCGAACGGCGCGAAAUUGCCGAACUGAUGCUCAAAUCGCAAGCGUUCGAUCAGUUCCUGGCGGUCAAGUUCCCGACGGUGAAACGGUACGGUGGUGAGGGUGCCGAGAGCAUGAUGGCAUUCUACUGGGAGCUGUUCCGGUGUGCCGGGGAGGCCGACCUGACCAACCUCGUCAUCGGUAUGCCGCACCGUGGCAAGCUGAACGUGCUGACGACACUGUUCGGGACGCGGCCGGCAAAGAUAUUUAAAAAGUUUAAGGGCUAUCCAGAGUUUCCCGCCGACGCACAGGCGAUGUGCGAUAUUGCGAGCCAUUUUCAUACGUCAACGGAUGUGACCGUCGGUGGUAAAACGUUUCAUCUCAACAUGCUCCACAAUCCGUCCCAUCUGGAAGCGGUAAAUCCCGUGUCGAUGGGUAAGGCACGGGCAAAGCAACUAGCCCACGCCGACGGUCCGUACGCUGUGCAGCAGGGUGCGGAUGGGUACCACCGUUCGAGGGUGCUCAACGUGCAGGUGCACGGUGAUGCUGCCUUUCCCGGGCAGGGCAUCAACCAGGAGUGUCUGAUGAUGGCUAAUGUGCCCCACUUCGAGGUGGAAGGUACGAUCCAUCUGAUCGUGAACAAUCAGGUCGGCUUUACGACACCGGCCGAACGAGGACGCAGCACCCGGUAUGUGUCCGAUCUGGCAAAAGCAAUCAUGGCACCGGUAGUACACGUUAAUGCAGAUGAUCCGGAGGCUCUGGCUGGAGUGACAAAGAUUGCGGUGGAAUAUCGGCAAAAGUUUGGCAAAGAUUUCUUCAUCGAUCUGAACUGCUUCCGGCGCUGGGGCCACAACGAGUUGGACGAUCCGACGAUGACGAACCCACUGCUGUACAAGGUAAUACACGCGCGCAAAUCCAUCCCGGACGUGUACGCCGAGAAGCUGAUCGAAGCGGGCCUGUUCGAUCGAGCCGACGUGGACGCCAUCUCCAAGAGUCACCAGAACUACCUGACGGCGGAGCUGCAGGCGUACGAGCAGUACGAGCCGGAGCGUACGUACUUCGACAAACAGUGGAGCGGUUUGCGGCAACCGAGCGAUGAGGUGACCGUGUGGAACACGGGCGUUGACUAUCGGCUGCUCAGCCAUAUCGGCCGGGAGAGUGUUAAGCUUCCGGAAGGUUUCAAUGUUCAUCCGCAUUUGCAGAAGAUACACAUUGACGCACGCCUGAAGCGUCUUGCCGAGGGUCAGCGGAUCGAUUGGGCAACGGCGGAAGCGCUAGCGAUCGGUAGCCUGAUGUACCAGGGCUGUAACGUGCGGCUCAGUGGUGAGGAUGUGGGCCGGGGCACAUUCUCCCAGCGGCACGCGAUGCUCGUCGAUCAACAGACGAACGAAAUCUUCAUCCCGCUGAACGCAAUGGCGGCGGCGGCCGGCCCAAACACCGGACGGUUCGAGCUGGCAAACAGCAUUCUCUCCGAGGAAGCCGUUCUCGGGUUCGAGUACGGCAUGGCGAUCGACAAUCCCAACAAUCUGAUACUGUGGGAGGCACAGUUUGGUGAUUUCUUCAACGGUGCACAAAUCAUCAUCGAUACCUUCCUGGUGAGCGGUGAAACUAAAUGGAUGAUGUGCAACGGGCUCGUAAUGCUGCUACCGCACGGUUACGAUGGUGCCGCCUCGGAGCACAGCUCCUGCCGGAUGGAACGCUUCUUGCAGAUGACGGAUUCGCGGGAAACCAGCCCGGACGGUGACACGGUCAACCUGCAGGUUGUGAAUCCCUCCACGCCGGCCCAAUACUUCCACGCACUGCGCCGUCAGAUGAUACGCAACUUCCGGAAGCCGCUGGUGGUGGUGGCACCGAAAACGUUACUCCGCCUGUCGGACUGUGUGUCACCGCACGGGGAUUUCGCGCCCGGCACACACUUCCAACCGGUGCUGGGCGAUCCUGAAGCGGGCGCACGCAUCGAUCCGAAGCGCGUACGGCGCGUCGUACUGUGCAGCGGCAAACACUACUACACGCUACAGGCCGAGCGGAAAACGCGGCAGGUGAGCGAUGUCGCACUGGUGCGGUUAGAAUCGCUCUGCCCAUUCCCGGUGCAGGCGGUACGGGACGAGCUCGCCAAGUAUCCGAACGCACGGGAGUACGUGUGGAGCCAGGAGGAGCACCGCAACAUGGGCGCCUGGACGUUUGUGCAGCCACGCUUCGAAAAUAUGUGUGAAAGAAGGAUUCAGUACCGUGGCCGGCCGGAAGCUGCUACCGUUGCCGUCGGUGUUAGCCAGUGGCAUCUGAAGGAGGCUGAAGAAGUGAUUAAAACCACCUUGUAUUAAACGUUUCUCCUUCUCCUCCCUUUGCUCUGUAAACCUUCAAACACCAUUGUCUCGUUUUUUUGUUUUAAUUCAAAUUUUAAUAAGCUUUCAUCCGCUCGAAACAAAA